UGAAAAAGAAAUCUAAUUAUCUCUUGAGUUUAUACUACAAUAAUCAAAUUAAUAUUAGUCUACAUUUAAUGCAUGUUUGGCUAUGUAUAAAUUUCAUUUGUUUCUGAAUUUCAUUCCAAAAAUAUGACUUGAGCAUAAAAUGAAAACAUGAUAUGAGCACGCGAUGAUGCCGUGGUUUGACAGUUAUCAGUCUUGUCUCUUUCGAUCCAUAUUGACCGACCAAACAGCCAAACACCACCUUCAUUUUUGUUCUUUUGCUGUGACAGUCGGCUGUCUCUUAAACUACUCUCCUGCAACCCUCUUUAAUCUUAGCUGUAUGUUUGCUGUAAUCUAUGUGUAGAUUCACUCCUGAUCUAUCUUUCUUUUCAUUAAAAUAAUACUACGUGUUCUUUAUUAUGGCUAUAUAUAUAUAUAUAUAUAUAACUACUUUCUCAAACUCCUCCUCCUCACUCACUCUAGCUCUCACCAAUUCUCUUCUGAAUUACCUAAAACAAAAUGGCUUCUUUCAUUAAUACUACUAUUUCUUUUCUUGUUCAAUUAUCAAUUGUGCUUUCUUUGAUUCAUUUCACCUUGGGAACAAGGAUACUCGAAGAACAAACUGAGGUUCUUAAGUUUCAUUACCAUAACGGUCCACUUCUUACUGGUAAAAUCUCGAUGAACCUCAUUUGGUAUGGCAAGUUCAUGCCUACUCAACGUGCAAUUAUCUCAGAUUUCGUUACUUCCUUGUCUUCUUCCUCCACUUCAAGAAAAACAUCUCCCAACCAACCAUCGGUCGCCACGUGGUGGAAAUCUACUGAAAAGUAUUUCAGUUUACUGAAAUCCAAGAAAGCUUCCCCUUUAGUCCUCUCACUUGGUAAUCAACUAUUGGAUGAGAGUUAUUCUUUAGGCAAAUCACUUAAAGAAAAACACAUCAAACAAUUAGCAGCUAAGGGUGAUCAGAAAAAUGCAAUCAACAUUGUGUUAACGGCAUCUGAUGUAGUCGUUGAAGGGUUUUGUUCCAGUCGAUGUGGGACACAUGGAUCUUCUUUAAGUUCCAAAAAUGCCCCUCCAAAGGGCAAGAUUUACAAAUUUUCCUAUAUUUGGGUUGGUAAUUCAGAGAGCCAGUGCCCUGGUCAAUGUGCGUGGCCAUUUCACCAACCUAUUUACGGACCACAGGGUCCGGCCUUGGUCGCACCCAACAACGAUGUGGGCUCGGAUGGUAUUGUGAUGAACUUGGCUAGCUUAUUGGCUGGGACCAUAACGAAUCCUUUUGGAAAUGGCUACUACCAAGGACCAGCUGACGCGCCAUUAGAGGCAGCAUCGGCUUGUCCUGGAGUCUAUGGGAGUGGGGCCUACCCUGGCUAUGCUGGUAAUUUGUUGGUGGACCCUACUACUGGUGCUAGCUACAAUGCGCACGGUGCUAAUGGAAGGAAGUUUUUGCUACCAGCACUAUUUGACCCUUCCACAUCUUCCUGUUCUACUUUGGUUUAAGAAAAAAGUGUUCUAGUGAGUUAAUUAUAAGAGAGUUCUACUUAGAAAAUCUAGAUAUUAGAAUAUUCUUUGAUCAUUCUUUUGUAUCGAUUGAUAAAUAAGAUUAUUCCUGAAUUUUUAUUACA